UCUUUAUCCUUUUUUGGGGCUUUAUUAUCUAUUUAAGUUAUUUCGAGGCUUUUUCGGUAAAGAUCGGAACUUUAGGGGCUUAAAAUAUGAUAAACCUAAAAAGAAGAAGAAAGCUCCCUCCUCUCUCUCUGCCUCUCUACGCUCUUGUGGUUGGCUGCGUCGGAGAGUUCUUGAAUCGUCUCGGUUAUGGCCACGUCUCAUCCAUCAGGUGGAAGACCUCCUAAACCUUGGGAACGAGCAGGAAACAACAACACGUCUGGUCCUCCUAAGCCUUUCAGGCCUCCUUCGAAUACCAGCACUGCUGAUUCAGUUGAGGCUUCUGGCACAGCUGAUAGGAAUCAUACACCUGCUAAUAUGAAUGCACUGAGUAGGCCUCUACCUAUUAGACCUCGGCAGCAGCAGCAGACCUAUGGCGGUUAUGGUUCAAACCUAGGUCUGAACCCUAGGUAUGGCUCGGGUGCAUAUGGUUCAGGUCCUUCAGGACUAGGUUAUGGUUCAAACGUAGGUCUGAACCCUAGGUAUGGUUCUUUAUAUGGGGGUGGAAUGUAUGGUGGUGGUAGCAUGUAUAGUAGAGGAGUGUAUGGUGGUGGUGGUCUCUAUAGAGGUUCAGGUAUGUAUGGUGGUUAUGGUAUGGGUAUGGGGAUGAGUCCUUAUGGUGGUCAAGAUUCAAACGACCCUAAUAAUCAACCUCCAUCUCCACCAGGCUUCUGGAUAUCUUUUCUCCGCGUGUUGCAAGGUGCUGUGAGUUUCUUUGGGCGUGUAGCGAUGCUGAUUGACCAGAACACACAGGCUUUUCAUAUGUUGAUGUCUGCUCUUCUUCAGCUAUGUGAUCGUGGUGGUAUGUUGUAUGGAGAAUUAGCGAGAUUUGUAUUGUGUUUGCUCGGGGUGAAAACAAAGCCUAGAAAGAUGCAGCAGCAGCAGCAGCCACAAGGGUCUAAUGGAGUCCCUUUACCACACCAGCCCCAUGGAAACCAGAACUGCGUCGAGGGGACUAAAGCCGCUGCACCAGGUGGUGGCGGUGGUUGGGACAAUCUAUGGGGUAACUAAGUUGUUGCUUCUUUCACGCCUCCAAAUCCUUUCAACACUGCUCUGAUAAUGAGUUUGUUACGAGCGGCCUCCAACCCGGAUUGAGUUUGUACCGACACUCUGAAUACUCCAAUAUAUAGAGCAUUUACCCAAAAAUUCAAUAUUUUCGUAAGCUUUAACACAUAAAUUUUGAAAAAAAAAUCAAAAUAUGAAAAUGCUGUUUUAAUGCAUAGUUGCAUCUUUCACUAACAUAUGAUGAAGGUCAAAGAGUUUUGGAACUUUUGUUGUCUUCGUUUCUCUAGAAAAUAGCGAUUUUAUAGUGG